GAAGCAAAUUUACGAAUCCUACUACGGCCACGCCAAGACCCGCGCUUCAAUAGCAUUUAUUGGCCAGGCGUCCAUGCUUACGCAAAGUAACGUAACCCCAUUUGUACAGGUCCUAUCCCCUGACCAAUCGGCUAUCCUAACCUUAACCACUCGAGGUCAAAUGCCUAACCCCAACCAAUCGAGCUGCUUCAUAGGGCGGGUCUUGGUGUGACCGUAGUAGGAUUCGUAAAUUUGCGUGCCGGAAGUGAUGCUGACAGCUCCGAGAAGUAACGUUAGCUACGUGUUGGUACCCUCUAUACAUACAUGGUUGGUACUCGCAUAAACUUCGGUUUCACUUUUGCAGCCAUGUCAGUGUUGUUUGUUGGAACGAAACCAAAUGUUAACUCGACAAACCGUCUGAAUUUUACCAGUGGGAUACACACCCGUCGCACCGCUUCUGUCUGAGUGCUAAGCAGGAGAGAAGCUUGGUGAAAGAGGAUGGAUGGCGUCAGCUGGAGCACCACACGGGCCCAGGAGUCGUUCAGCCGCUCGAGGACAGCAGGAGACACACUGUCCAGGCUCGCCAACUUCAUUGCACGGGCUGACACAAAACCGCACACACCAAACAAGAGGCAGCAGCCAGCCCACUUGCCCUACGCUUGCCAAGAAUGUGGUAAGAGCUUCCCAUAUCCGACUGAUCUGUUGGAGCACCAGGAACUAAAACACACAUUACCCAAGCCUCACCAGUGUCUCUAUUGUGGGCAGGAGUUCUCCCUGCGCUCAUCCUUACAGCUACAUAAGUGCAAUCACGAUUCUUCCCCGUGUGAACUUUGUCAUGGAGAGACACAGCCGGGUUCUCCGUGCCCUGCAUGCAAUCUAACCUCAGAUCCUGGCAGGCUGCAGGACAAGUCACCUCACCGCCAGCCUCACCUCAGUAGCCCUUACGCAUGUGCCCUGUGUGGGAGAGGCUUCAGCCAAAAGCAGGCUCUGCUACACCAUCAGCAAGCUGGUUGUAGUGAACCGCCAUUCCCAUCUGAUAUAGUUGAUGCCGGUAGCCUUCCAGAUGACUCUCCACCAGUUUCUGAGGGAGACUCGACCUGCUCUGAUUCUUCAGACACCCCAGGGCCUAGCAGCAGAGCUGUAAGUGUGUGCCAAUUCUGUUCGAAAACGUUCCGCACGGAGGCUGGACUGCAACGCCAUAAACAAACAAACCACUCAGAGGAGCGGCUGAUGGCUACACAGGGACAAAAGACCAGAGGAGAAGGUGCGGGUGGAGAAGAGAGCAAAGGUGGGAGCACCAAGGUGAAUGGAAAUGUAAUUAAAAUGACAAAAUCCAAAAAAAAGCCUUUGGCCUGUCGCUCUUGCGACAUGGUCUUCGGGAGCACCUCGAUGCUGUACGUGCACAGAAAAGAAAAGCACAGCAGAGAGAAAAACACCAGGAGAGAACCACGGCCACGGCCAGUCAUCAUCAAGCGCAGAAAAGGAGGCGCGUAUCCGUGUCAGGUCUGCGGUAAAGUCUUCGUCCAUCAUUUGUCACUUCGGGCACAUUACAAACAGCACACAGCCUCAAGCUUCAACGCAAUCAAAAACAAAAGCCCGCCUGAAGGAUGUACCACCAAAGAGUCUGAGUUAUCAGAAAAUAGACCAAAUGAAGUAAAACCCAGCACAGCAGAAAACAAGACUGUAAAGGCUGGUCGAGGGAGGCCCAGGAAAACGGCCAGAUUAAAGAACAAGGUUACGGAUCCAGAGAGAUGCAGAGAAGUGCCUGAAGUGAAGGAGGAGGAGGAGGACGAACAGGACGAACAGGAGAGGGAGUUCCCGUGCCCCUCCUGUGCAGAGGUUUUCUCUCUGCAGUCGCAGCUAAGGGAGCAUGUGGAGCUCCACCAGUCAUCCGUGAAGAGGAGACAGUGCAGUGUGUGCGUAAACGAGAUGGACACCUGUAAAUGGCCCGGCUCAAAGAGGCAGAGGCUGUACCACUGUGUGCCUUGCCAGCAGGGUUUCUCAGCACUGGACACUUUCCUAGAACACUGUCAGAAGCAUCUGCGAGUCCGUGUGGAGGAGGACAGCGUCACUGAGGGCUACACACAUCAGGCCAGCAAAGCCUGAGGUCCAGUUUUGAAUGUCAUCAGCGAUUUGCCUUUUUGCCUUCAAGGGUUAGAGAGCGGAGAGUGAUUUAUGAAUGAAAUUCUUGUAUGUUGAUCAACCAGUUCAUUGAUUGAGCAUUCAGAACACCUUGUUUUUAUAACUUACAUAUCAAGGAAUAAAUUGUUAAAGUACCAUAGCAGGAUUUUUGCAUGUUUUUACUAGGGCUGCUCGAUUAUGGGG